AUGCAGAUAAUCCACCGAAAGAACUUGGUUUUGUUCGAGUCGUGCAGAGGAACGGGGAAGCGCAAAGAAGCAGACAAGAAGGCGAUCUGCGGCCACAUCCGCCCAAUCCACAUAGAAAACAGCGAUUUUAUUUACUCCAUCCGCUCCAAGCCGAAAUUGCUCAGCGAUCUGCUGGAGUCGACGACCGCGUCGCUCUUCCUGGACGGCGGGAUGCCGAAAUGCGAAGAACUGUUCGAUCGGCUGUUCGGCGACGACGUGGAGAAGCGACUGGUCGACGGAACGCUGCAGUUCGAGGUGAUCUCGGCGAUCCCUGAAAUUCUGAACGCCCUGGGCGCGGAGGAGCGUUUGCUGCAGAUUACCGAGGAGGCGGGGAUGCGCUAUGUGCGCAUGGAGAAGCCGGGCGCGCUGGUGUUUGCCGAGCUGCGGCUGAGGAGCGCAGUGGAUGAGACGGUGCUGCGAUCGUUCGCGUACAAGCUGGUGUUCGAGGCGAUCUACGAUGCAGUGAAGUCCUUUGCUUGA